UAGCCGGGAUAUUCGACCCGUGGGACACAGAUUAUGAACUUCAUACACGUAAACAUACAUUGCAGGUAUAUCAUUUUUAUCGUGGGAAUUAUACUUAGGAAUCACGAUAAAUUUUAAUCCGGGGAAAGUGUUAAUGAAUCGAAUUUAAGGAGUUGUACCUUUUCGUGAUUUAAAGUGUCGUCUGCAAACAUGUGAAAGCAGCAGAGUGCAUUUAAUUGCUUUACAUGAAAUAUGACUACAUAUUCUGCAUAUUAAACGUGUCGGUUACUUGUGAACUAGUUUGGGUAUUUAAAUACUUUUAAAGAUUAUCGUUACAUUUGAGGUAAUAUUAUACAGCAGACGACACCGAGGGCUUCGUUAACACACGAAGAAGAGAUGCGGGGCGAAGAUGGUGUCUGUCCAUGUACUAGUUGCCGAAUCGUUUUGGAUUAAAGGACAAGCUAUCGAUUUCAAUUUGGAGGAAAACAACGACUUUUAGGAAAACGAUCAGAAUGACAAACUAUGUUAAUCACCAUAGUGGUCUUGCAGGAAGACAGAAACCAUCUUACCAGAGAAUACCUUCGGCAAAGCGAAGUGAAAUAUCAUCUCAUGGUGGUUUGUUGGAAAAUGGUGAACCCCGGCGCGACCACUUUUGAGGACUCUUCAAACAACAUCAGUGCCAUUUCUGAGAACGUUUAUAAGCAGACGACAGAAUGUAGAAUGUGUUUGCCUUACCACGCUGUCGGAUUCUCAUACAAUGCAGGAUUUGAAUCGUACGGAGAAUAAUAGAAACAGGGAUUUGUUGGAGGUUGUUCUCCAAAAUAAGGAGGCGGCCAGAUUGUCCUCGGCAGACACUAUUCAAAGGAUAGCAACCUCUCUGCAUGCUACAAACGGUAACCUCAGUCGUCCUUCCAGCUUCGUAUCAAAAAGAAGCACAACGUUAUCGCAGUCUCAGGAGCACUUAAGCGAUGACGAACCCUCUAUGGUCCAGGAACGGAAAAAGAGUACAAACUCUGUUCAAAGCAGUAUAGUUAGUUUGGGCCUGAUGUGUAUCGUGUCGGUAAUACAAAGUGCUGUGUCUGUUCAGAUCCUUUACUACAUAUCAGAGACCCGCCGAGAUGAACCGUCCCUCAGGAAUGGGACACUGUUGUCGACCCCAAAGGAUUUCGAUGACGUAUUGGAGGUUGCCACCGCGUUCUGCACGUUUGUGCUCGUACUUUGUGUUAGCUGCCUGUUAGUAUGCUCUAUGCAAUGUUUCUUCGCCUCCAGGAUACUUCAGGUGGCCGAGGGAGAGGAGAGGGCCGCCAAGUUCCUGAGAGAGUGCUCCAGCAGUCGAGUGAUCGCGGUGCUCGGAUUUUUUGUGUCCCUGCCAGCCUUCCUCAUAACGCUGAUACUCUUCGUGGUGUUACGGCUGGACUCGACACCCGCCGUCACUGCCACCGUCAUCAUGUCCAUCGGAGUCCUCUUCGGCAUCCUCAGUGUGAUGCAGAACACCUACCACUGGCACUACGAAACAACGCGUGCUACAGAUGGACUUCCGGUCUACGACACGAAUUUACAGAACUCUCUACAAGAACGAAAACAAAGAAAUGAACUGAAUACACUCGUUUGAUACCAGGCUUUCAGUUAGUUCGCUUAUCGUUGCUGUAUAAUACAAAUGCUCAAUUACGCAAUGUAAGAUGUUUCUGUCCUGCCCAAAUUGGACAGUACGCAUUCACUUCCGGAACCGGAAAUAGUUUACACACAUGAUAAAUAAAUGCUGCACACGUUUGAUGAUGCAAUAUUAGUGUCAAACGGAUUGUUUCUGUUUAGAGUGCCCUGAAUAGCUGUCGAUGCGACAGUAAAACGGUCACAUGCUUUAUCAGCGAAUAUUGUGUUUCAUUGAUAGGAAUAUGACAUGGAAACCAACCAUUAAAGAUAUUGUGUUCAUUCGACGUAAAAUCUUAAUGAAAAUAUCAGAACGAACGGUCAUGCAUUUGCCUAUUUUUGCCAUUGAUAUCAUAGAAAAGCUUAACUUUGUUGAAAAAGGUGUGACUGUUGACGACAGAAAUGUGUCUGUUCUUCAAACAGUACGCAUUAGCGAUGAACAGAGCUCCGAGUCCGUCUGCUAUCGAUCGGCAGCAGCACACAGCCCAAACGUUCCAUGGAUUCCUGAUCCUCAUUUAGACAUAUUGCAUAUCUUGGUAGAAUUGAUGUGUUUCAGAGAAAUCCAGUUUGUUAAGUGUCAUAAAAAUCAGAUUUAGAACAAACCAGUAGCAAAUGAUCUAGUGCUGUUAUAACAAUGCAUGCAUGCAUUUUUUGUAAGUUGUAAUUAAUGCAUUUGGAGAGAGAAAAAUGUUUCGCUACGAUCAAAUAUUGUUUAUGCCUGUAACAUCUGGUUAUUUACACGGAUGUGCAUAGCCAAAAAGUCAGUCAGUAGUAGAACUGUUUUUGAAUUUUUGACAAAACAAGACAAAGGAAGCGUUUUGUGCAAUAUACACCUUGUUCCGUAGGAGACAUACUUGGAGAUAGUGAUCAGUAUUCGUUGAGUGAAAUUUGACUUCAGAGAGAUCCUUAAGCAAUAUAUGUUUGAGUUGUGUGUUGAUCGGUUUAAAUUUGGAAAAUUUCGAGAGAUGCGUCCAUAGUUAUCGAUUGAAAUCCUAAAAAAGGUUUUCUUAACAAAAAAGAUGAAAUGCAAUUCGAAUUAAGAAAUAUGUAAAUAUGAGAUAAAUGCGUUACAUUAGAUUAUACCAAUAUGAUACUAUAUAUUAAAACAGUCCACGUCAUGACUAUCAUUGCUAAGAGAGCUAAUAAAUUAACACGUGGUAAUGUAAAAGCAUACACAGAAAGCUAUCGAAUAUGACCUGUUACUUUUAGCUUUAAGCUUUAUAUUGAAUCGAUUUGAGUUGUCUUUUGUAUUCGACCUUGAACUGUAGACCGAGGUCGUCAACUGAAUCAUUCGACCAUGAACUUGAAUGUCCCGCCUGAACAUUUAACCUUCGGUCUUAAGAUGUAGUUCAUCUGUUUAACUGAUAGAUAAUUCGACAAUUGAACAUUAAAUCAAAAUUAAUUGUAGAAAUAAAAAUUGGGUAGGGUAUUGAAAUAUUUAACGUUCAUUUGUCAAAAAUGAGUCAUUGUUGCAAAUCUUUUUUGGAUUGUCAGAUUUUUUAAACUUUAAAGAAAUUAUGAGUUCCUUAAUUUGUAAGUGUUUUAAUAAUAUGCCAUAGUUAAGCAUAUGUAAACUUGUUUAAUAUGUUUGAUGGGCUGCAAAUUGCCCACAUGUGAAUGUACGUAUACUUUUGUUUCUACAAUACUCAAUGCAGAUUUCAAUAAUAUGCAAAGAACGUCAUAAAUAGCAUCGAUUAACAUAAUGCAUGUUUCUAAUACUUUUUUCUUUUUCUGGGGAAUGUUUUUGUACAUUUAUACAAAUUAAAAUAGUUUCUUUUUGCACUUGUUACACAGAUCGGCACAUUUACUGACAGAUCUAAGAUAAUUAGUUUAUUUUGUACCAAUAAGACUUGGAUUAAGUUCAUUUACACCACCGGUAACAUGAAUGUACGGUUGAUGGAGUAUUCGCUAAAAUUAAAUGUUUUUAUGGGAGAGUUAAUCCCUUAAUACACCUAUCAUACACAUAGUUUACACUAACGAUAUACGUAAUACACAAAAACCAUACACGUAGUACACAAUAACGUUGUACGCACACAAUUACCAUACAAAUAGUUCAUAGUGAACUACUAAAAUAAUACACGUAGUUCACACUAACUUUGAGGUACAUGAAGUACACACUUACCAUACACACAGUACGCAAUAACAGCACACGUAGUGCACAAUUAUGGUAUACAUGCACCAUAAACAUACAAGUGGUACAUACUAACCAUACACGUACACACAAGUACACAUUGUUAGGCAUGCACAGUUAAUCAUGAACCCUCCAAUCGUAUCAGUUCACAGUCAUUACUGCCUGCUGCUCUAUAUUAGCAUGUAUUACAUACUUACUAAUAAAUACGGGUUUUUUGUAUAGGCGAUACGACACAAUUGCUCUAACCCAUAUCAGCCCUCGCCGUAUCACACCCCACCCUCUCCGUAUCAGACCGCAAAACCCGAAUCACACCCCUUUUGAAAACUUUUCGAUUUUCAAUUAUUUCAAAAGAAAAAUAGAUCAUAAGAUAGUAGAUCAUUCCGUAUUUUAUUAGUAAGCAUGUUUUAUUCUCUACAUCUACUACUUCACUGUUAUCACAGUGAUAAUUGAAAUUACACAUCGCCCAUAAUUUGCAAGGAUGUAAGCAUACUGUAAAACGCCAAAAGUAUCAUUUAAAACAAAAAUCACUUGUAUAAUGUGUAAGGUGCCAUCAUAUAUCAGUAUUUCUAAUACAAACCAACUAUAUAAUUUGUAAGGAACCUGUAUCUUUAUUUCAAACUCAAAUCACAGAUAAAAUGAGUAAAGUAGCAUUAUCCUUAUUUAAGAUACACAAAAAAACCCAAAGAUAAUGUGUAACAGCACAUAACCUUAAUACCAAACGCCAAUAAACGCCAAUAACAGAUGUUCCAGGUAGCAUAUAACCUUAUCUCAUACAAAAACAAUAGAAAACAAAUAUAAGAUAAAAUCUGAAAUUAAAAUACAUGUGAUGAGAUUAGACAACACCACUAAAGCCUAGCUAGGUGAAAGUAAUAUGUGUUUUAUACAAUUUGUGAACGUAUUUUCAUGUAUACAUUUACAUAAUUUUAAUUGGCAAGCGUUAGGUUUAUCAUUAAUUAAUAACUUGUUAUGCUGAUAAAAAAAAUGUUGUACAAGUUAGCACGAAACAAUAGAUAUCCUUAACACGAAACAAUAUAUAUCCUUAACUCUCUUGUUUUGGUGUCAUUAUUAUUAUCAUUUAUACAGUAAGCAUACACUCGAUUUCUGCAAUGUUUGCAAAUUGUGCAUGUAGUGGAAUUAUGAAAAGAUUUUAAUAAUACGGAAAAAUUGAAUUAAAAAUAAUGUGCAAUAUCUUGUACGUUCUGUCGUUUUUACCCAAUUUGAACCGACCGUGACAGUUAACAUUUUCCACACAGGAGUGAGACAGUUUAUAUUUGACAGUAAUCAUCAGUGUGACUGGUACAUUGUAUGGGUAUUACCAGCUAAAGAUUCAUAUAUUUCAUUGUUGAAACAUCACAUUGAUACCACACAUUGCAUGCUUACUAUCUUUUUCUAAACCUUCUAAAAGUCAUUGACAAUCGGACAUUUGGCGUUUAAUAGAAUAUAAAUAACAACUACUAGUUAUUUUCACUCAAAAGGUAGGAGAAAGCAGAAUGCGGCAACAUGGCAACACUGAGUUCACGUCAACAGGUAGGUAAGCUAAGUCAUGUACGGUCAUCGGGACUGAUGGACUAUAUGUAAUAGGUAAUUAAUAGGACUGUUUGUAAGUCUGUCUAGAACUAGUGGACUCUCAUAAUGUCUUUUUAAAUCAUGAGAUUAGAAACGUUUUCAUUCCCUCCACGAGUUGUGUUCACAUAAUAUGUUGAUACUUAUGUGAUUAAAUUGGCAACGUACGUUAGAGAACUGUAUUGUAGUAAGGCGAACUAUUAAGCUAUACAUGGAAUGUUGAUUAGACGAUCUUUGUGUUACGAACACUGUGUUAAUAUUACAAGGGUAUAAAUAACGCUUUUGGAGUAUAUAAAAGAAUCGUUAUUAUAUAAUGAUGUAUUUUAAAUCAAUUUAAUUUAGCAUGUACUUCAUUUGCGAUUUUUUUAGUAAAUACUUAAUAAUUAAUAAUUGGAUAGUUAUUAUUUCUGGAAGCAUUACAAAGAGUUUUGAUUGGCGAAUGACGUAAUGAGAAAAUGAAUCUCUCGCGAUAGGAAAGUGAUUAAAGCGAUUUAAAGUAUAUUAAAUACUUUUAAGCAGAUUCUUUUCUAAUUUCAUAAUCUAUCUUGAUUAGAAUGAUGAACAAUAUAUUUAUCGGUUUGCAUAGUGUUGAAGUCGAGCUUCACACGUAUAGUUUGCAUCACUUGAAAUAAAAUUCAUGC